UCCAUCUGCUGGUUCACUCCCCAAAUGGCCCCCAAUGGCCAGGGCUGGGUCAGGCUGAAGCCAGGAGCCAGGAACUUCAUCUAAGUCUCCUGCAAGGGUGGCAGGGGCCCAAGCACUUGGACCAUCUCCCAUUGCCUUUCUGGGCCAUUAGCAGGGAUCCAGACCAGAAGAGGAGCAGCUGGGACUCCAUACAGGAUGCUGUGGUGCAGUCUGCGGUGUUACCUGCUACUCCACAACACUGGUUCCUUAGAGCUGAAUUAUUCUUCAUUUUCACCCAGCAGGUUCCUUUGGAGAGCUCACUGGAUGGAUGCUCUGAACCAAACAAGAGUGACUGAAUUUGUCUUCUUGGGACUCACUGAUAACUGGGUGCUGGAGAUACUGUUUUUCAUGGCAUUCUCUGUCACCUACAUGCUAACUCUUCUGGGAAAUAGUCUCAUUGUCCUUACCACAGUCUUUACUCCGCGUCUCCACACCCCCAUGUAUUUCUUCUUGAGCAACCUGUCCUUUAUUGACAUCUGUCACUCAUCUGUCACCGUGCCCAAGAUGCUGGAGGGCUUUGUUUUGGAGAGGAAGACUAUUUCCUUUGACAACUGCAUCGCUCAGCUCUUCUUCCUGCAUCUUUUCGCCUGUGCUGAGAUCUUUCUGCUCACCGUCAUGGCGUACGACCGUUACGUGGCCAUCUGCGCCCCACUGCACUACCCCCAGGUGAUGAACAUGAGGGUCUGUGUGCAUCUUGUCUUUGCCCUCUGGCUGGGGGGGACCGUUCACUCUCUAGUGCAGACCUACUUGACCAUCCGCCUACCUUACUGUGGCCCCAACAUCAUCGACAGCUACUUCUGUGAUGUGCCCCCUGUCAUCAAGCUGGCCUGCACAGACACAUAUCUUACAGGAAUGCUCAUUGUGUUCAACAGUGGAACCAUCUCCCUCACUUGCUUCCUGGCCCUGGUCACUUCUUACACGGUCAUCUUGGUUUCUCUUCGGAAACAGUCGGCUGAGGGGCGCCGGAAAGCCCUGUCGACGUGCUCCGCCCACUUCAUGGUGGUGGCGCUCUUCUUUGGGCCGUGUAUCUUCCUCUACACUCGGCCCGACAGCAGCUUCUCCACUGACAAGGUGGUGUCUGUCUUCUACACAGUGAUCACCCCUUUGCUGAAUCCUCUCAUUUACACCUUGAGGAACGAGGAGGUAAAAAGUGCCAUGAAGCAGCUGACGCAGAGACGAGUUUUUUCCUGAUGCACCUUGGGAUUGCAGACAUAAUUGUGCUCACAUAAUGAGAAAGCGAAGUAGGGAAAGUAUAAGGUAAAACGGCACAAGGCAGGGCUGAUUUCUGACCUACAGAGAGAAGCUAUGACAUGUACAUGAGGCUGGUGUUGUGGUACAGCGGGUUAAGCUGCCUUCUGUGCUGCUGGCAUCCCACAGGGCUGCUGGUUGGAAUCCCAGCUGCUCCACUUACUAUGCAGCUCCCUGCUAAUGUGCCCUGGAAAGCAAUGGAAGAUGGCCCAAGUGUCUGGGCCCUUGCCAUCUGUGUGAGCUACCUGGAAGGAACUCCUGGCUUGGCCUGGCCUAACCCUGGUCACGGUGGCCUUUUGGGAAGUGAACCAGCAGAUGGAAGAUCCAUCUCUCUGUCUCUCUCUCUCUCUGUUUCUGUAACUCUGCUUUUCAAAUAAAUAAAUCUUUAUAAAAAAAAAUCUAUUACAUGUAGGUCCAACACUGUGGCAUAGCAGUAGUCACCACCUGAGGCACCAGCAUCCCAUAUGGGUGCUGGUUUGAGUCCUGGCUGCUCCAC